AUGUCAAACAUUGAAAUAGGUCUGACAAAGAACCCACGUAUCACUGCCGAUGAACUAUCUGAAAAAGCUGGUUUUGAUAUCUAUAUACCGGAUCUAUUCAAUGGUAAUCCAAUUGCAUCUUCAUUUCUUCAAGGUAUACCUCAAGUUUCAGGAGAAAAGAUGUCUAUUGGUAUUAAAAAAAUAAAGACUCUUCGCUCGGAAAAAGGAACAACUAGAGUGCAAGCAGUUGGUUAUUGUUUCGGUGGUCUCUAUGCAUUGUUAGUUGGCAGCAAAGAACUUCAUCUAGCAGAUGCCAUUGUCGGUUGUCAUGUUUCACUGACCAAUGAAACUCACUAUGAACAAUUGGAUGUACCUGUGACGUUUGUCUGCGCACAACAAGAGGAUCAAUUUACGGAUGCUCUUCGAGCAGAAGCUGAACAUAUUCUUGCUCGUAAGUCAGAAAUACCCAGCAAGUUUCUAUUAACAAAAGGAACAGUUCAUGGAUUCGCAGCUCGACCCGACCCUGACAAUACGACGAUUAUGAAUGCAUACAAACAAGCAAAUGACUUCAUUGCCGAAUGGCUCAAAUCUCAUCUUUAA